CUCUCGUUCUCCUUCUCCUGUUGGUUCACGAAUCGCAUCCCCAUCGCCGAGCCUCGAUCUCCGAUGCUUUGGGCUUGAACCACGGUGCAACGCGCACCCACCGACACACAAUCACUGUCAAUCAUUGCAAGCAACAUGGCAGCCGCACUACCUACUCGAUUCCCUUGCUGGUGUCGCGCUGUAUACUCCUGGGGCGGCGAGACAGACAAAGACCUGGGCUUUAUCGAAGGCGACUUGAUAGAAUGUCUCAACGCCGGAGAUGGGUCAUGGUGGACAGGACGACUGCGAAGAGAUAGAAGAAUGAUAGGGCUGUUUCCCUCAAAUUUUGUGAUUGUACUCGACGAUAACUUCGUCCCCACCAGCCGCUCCGUCAGCCCCUUACCAGAUAUUCACAAGAGCAACAGCGCACGAAAGAAUUCACCCGCACAAGCUCAAGAAAAGAAAGAACGAGCAAAGUCUCGCCGACCUUUUCAAGGAUACAAAUCAGCCAAAACACCUACAGGUGUUGGUUCUGGGGUUGUGUCGCAACCACCUCCGACGCAGGUUCAACAACAAGGACCACCCCCUCCAUCACAUCCUAUCUAUGACCCCAGAAACCCGCCCUCCACUGUUUUAUGGCAGCAGAAGCCUGUAUCGAGAGGACCGUCCAGAUCGCCAUCUCCCAUUCCACACCACGAAAUAGGCUCCUCACCUCCACCGCCACCACCACCCCAUCGAGUACUGGGUUCUCAAAAUACAAACAUCAUCCGGCAAGCGUCGCCACUGCCGCUUGAGAUGAAUGAUCGGUACCAGACAUUUUCCCGAACACCGUCUCCCGCUCCUCCGUCGUUAAAUGGACAUACACCUCCCAUGAUUCGAAGUGCCAUGGACGAUGUCAUGUCGUCACUCGGCAACAUGACGCUUAGUGGGCAGGAACCACAACAGGCGCCAGAUCGAGGUUUUAACCCUUGGUCCCCGGAAGCUUUUGAUGACUUACAACGUCCAGAACAUAGGGUCAUUAAUCGUCCAUUGACAUCUCUUGGAUUACAGGGCGACGGAAGCCAGUACUCCCAGGAUCGAAUUAGCUACAGCAGCCGACACAACAGCCCCGACCGGGUGAUGGAGACUCAGCCUCAAAUUGAAACCUAUGUUCAACGAAUGGAGAGUCGACUUCGAAAGAUGCAACAAAUGCGUGAUGGAGGAGACAAGGACCACCAGGGCAUUGCACCUCCAGAGCCACCGCCAAAAACUUCGAUGUGGUCAUCGAGGCCCAACUCGUCAAUGGGCGCUAGAGGAAUGUCGAUGCGGAAAAGAAAGUCUGCCUUUGAGCUGGGAGGAAACUCUCUGGCGCGUACUUACACGAACAAAACGAAUUCCACAAACUCCAGCAGCGGGGUGCAGAGUGUGGCGACCAACAUAUCGAACCAGUCUAGCAGGACUAGUCAGAGUAUUAUGAGCGGAUAUUCUGCUGGCGGGUUCAGUGCAACCAGUGCUGGUAGCCUUGCACGCAAGAGAAUGGACCCGGGUCGCGAACGAGUGACUCGACCCAUGACAAGCGCUGGGACUCGAACGGAGCAAUGGCCUCAGCAUGACAUGCGACCGAAAACCCCAACAUCGAAUUAUUCAUACACAUCAAACCUGGAUUCUAGACAGGGAGCACGGUCUGCCGUGGGCUGGGAGGACGCCAGUAGAAGCGGUCAGGGCGGAUUAGGAGGUUUCACCACACCAAAAGCCAAAAAGGCCGGAUUUUUCAAGAAACUGAUGGACAGUGCCAAAACCGGAGCUGCGAGCGCACGAAGCACCAUUUCAGCAAGUCAAAGUGGAAGCAAUGCCGGGUCGACAACCAAGAUCACGGGGAUUGCUGGAGGCACGGCAUUCAACGCGCCAGUGCAAAGCUCUAAUGCAAACAGAGCCUUUGGCCGAGAAGCUGCUCGAGAAAUGGGUCUUGCCAGCGGCGCUGCAAGUGAAUAUAUCCUCACUAGAAGGGAUAUCAAUCGAUCCAACACGCCUGGUCCCUCAGAGCGACAGGAUCGGGCGGACCGGUGUCAUAUGCUCGAUCAGCCGGUCAUCUGCCCUAUUGAAGAGCUCUAUGAGAAUCUUCAGGGUGAUGAAGACGCUGAUGGCCGACCCGUCUAUGAGCCGUUCCAACUCAGCAACCCUAGUUUCAGCCAGGUGGACAAGGCGGCUAGAUUCAUCACCAGUCUACCUAAUGGUCUGACGGCUGCCACGUUGGCAAAUGGGUACCUCUGUCGACCAUACCGAUCUCCUGUUCAACGACUACGCGCCAUCUUCAUCUGGUGUGCCGAACGCAUCAACUGGGAAGAUGAUCAUGAAUUCAACGAUUACAAUUACGACCAUCGAAUCGAUACACGAAAAGUGAUCCAGACCAAGCGAGGUAGCAGCGAAGAGAUUGCAGCCCUCAUUGUUGAAAUGUGCACAGGGAUCGGUGUUCACGCGGAGAUGGUCCACGGAUACCUUAAAACACCGGGAGAAGAACUUGAUUUGGACGCAACAUCCCGCCCAAAUCAUUCUUGGAAUGCCAUCCUUGUGGAUGGGGAGUGGCGAAUGCUCGAUGCCAGCCUGGCUAGUCCUACCAAUCCCAAGAGAACCAUGUAUUCGAGUGUGAGUGCCAGCAUCGCGGAAGCUUGGUACUUUUUGGCACGCCCAAGCGAAUUCUGUUGGACUCAUGUACCCUGCGACGAGUCUCAGCAACAUAUGAUCUCGCCAAUGAGUCCUGACAUUCUGCUCAGCCUCCCUGGAGCAUGUCCGCCAUUUUUCCGACAAGGGCUAUCCAUCCACGCCUACGACACAAGCAUCAUCCGCAUGGAAGGUCUUGAAAUGUGCACUUUGAGCAUCAAUGUACCUGCCGACGUUGAAGUCGUGGCUGAAGUCGAAGCCAGCAAAUAUCUCCGGGAUCAGGACGGAGAUGUGUAUGAAGAUGCCGAGAAUAAGACCAAGAAGAGAGCACUGGCACAAGCCAGCUGGUAUCGGACGGUGCCGAACACGGAAAUCCUGCAGAAACGCUAUGUCAUCAAGGCAGUUCUCCCUGGGGACGAGGGACAUGGAGUAUUGAAAGUGUAUGCAGGAAAGAAAGGCCUGAUGCUAAGCUCUCGGGAUGUCGUUCACCCUUUAGCAUUCGCUCUGCCUCUUUACCACUCGGGAGAAAAUCCGGCUUAUGAAUUUGCAAUGCGUCACCCGACACCUCAUGCGACAAGACAAGACCUUUAUGUUGUGCAGCCUCAGUGCUGGAGGCUGGGGGCUGGGGAAACGUAUGUCUUCUGUAUUCGACAACAUUCCUCAUCUGUUGCCUCAACAUCAGCCAGUGAGCAGAAUGGGCUCGAUAUGCGACCCGUCAGCCCCAAUCCUCUCAUUCGCCCGGCCAGCUCGAUGAGCAUGACCAGCAGCGCAGCAGGAAGCAACCCCAGCGAGCACGGAGUCAACGGAGGGGGAGCGAAGAUCAAGGACAAGCCUGCAAAGCUAGCGAUUCAGAGUCCUGGAGGGAAAAUCAUGAGACUCAACCGCAAAGCCGAAGGUCUUGCUCAACCGAGUGCGUUGAGAGAUGUGGAUGGAGAAAUGUUGGGAAGUGUGUGGGAAACGAUCGUCAAGGUACAAGAACGAGGUGUUUGGCGCGGGCUUGUUUUGGCCGACCGCAGCGCACGGUGGUGUGUCUGGGCUGAGUGGGAAUGUGUUUGAUUUUGAUUGAAUGACAGGGUUUGCAUGCUUUGCACGGCAUUUAUGUCGCUUUUUCGCAUUCAGUUGCAAAAGUUGGAAAUUGAUUGUCAUUUGAUGAUGGCAGAUUCUGUGUCGGUUCACAGAAGGAGCCGGAAAUCACUUAUCAUGGGAAAUGUAAGAGUACACUCCAGGGUUUUACGACUGAUUGAAUAAUGAACGGUGUGUUGUGGUGUGCUUCUAUUAAUUACAUCGAAAUAAGGAUUGAUGAUUCUCGAAAGUUGAG